AUGACCUGGGAAGACAAAUGGUUGGUGAAGUACAACAAAAGGGAAAUCCCAAACGAAAAUGUUUUCCCCAAUGUGUCCGUCUUCAACAGAAAACUCUACACUUUCGGUGGAAAAGAGGAAGUCUACAUCAAGUUCGACCACGUCGAUGACUACAUCAAAUCCUACGACGAGCUUGCAAUGUGGGAUACAUAUCUGUGCAUCUUUCGAGUCAGCAAAGACGAUUAUAUUAUUGUUUCCAGGAAUUCUGAUAAGUAUGCCGUCAUUGGCAAACUCAGCGACAGAUAUGUGAAAAAGAACAACCUUGGCCAGUACGACGUGCAGAUCAGGAACCCAGACGAGUACGAAUUGAACCAUUUGUCUGAUGUCUUCGAUAAUGAAAAGGAACUCACCUACGAUUUGUUGAGCGAAUAUGCUGAGUUAAGAGUAAAAGCUAGGUUUGACGCUUACAUGAAUGAUGUGAAAUGCGGAUACGUUCCAAAGUCCCAGGCCACCGAGUCACCAGAAGUGAAUACAUGA